UCGUGAGGCGGCGCGGCAUGGCGGAGGGCGCGGCGCUGCGGGCGGUGCGGAGCUGCCUGGCCGCCUUCCCGCGUGAGGCCCGCGAGCUGGGGUGGAUGGAGUCUGUUCCGUAUCUCGAUAGGCCUCCAUCCCCCCUGGAGUUCUAUCGAGAGUGGGUGAGCCCAAAUAAACCCUGCAUCAUCCAGAAUGCCAUUGGCCACUGGCCAGCGCUGCACAAAUGGACCUUGGCGUACCUCAGGGAGGUAGUGGGCCGCAAGGUAGUGAGCGUGGCAGUAACACCAAAUGGUUAUGCAGAUGCAGUGUUCCACAACCGUUUUGUCAUGCCAGAGGAGCGCCAAAUGCCUUUCAUGGACUUUUUGGACAUUGUGGAGAAGAAAGUGACCUCUCCCAAUGUAUUCUAUGUGCAGAAGCAGUGUUCAAAUCUUACUGAGGAGUUCCCUGAACUGAUCUGCGAUGUGCAGCCUGAUAUACCAUGGAUGAGUGAGGCACUUGGGAAGAAGCCUGAUGCUGUGAAUUUCUGGCUCGGGGAAUCAGCUGCUGUGACAUCUUUACAUAAAGAUCAUUAUGAGAACUUGUACUGUGUGAUAUCUGGAGAGAAACGGUUUCUACUGCAUCCACCAAGUGACCGUCCCUUCAUUCCAUACGAGCUCUAUCAGGCAGCAACUUACAAAGUAUCAGAAGAUGGCUCAUUUGAAAUUGUGGAUGAGAAGACUGCAGAUAAGGUGCCCUGGAUCCCUCUGGACCCGUUGAACCCGAAUCUGGAACAAUAUCCAGAGUAUGCUCAGGCAAAACCUUUGCAGUGUACAGUGAAAGCUGGUGAGAUGUUAUACCUCCCUUCUCUCUGGUUCCACCAUGUUCAGCAAUCACAUGGCUGUAUAGCAGUGAAUUAUUGGUAUGACAUGGAAUAUGACCUAAAGUACAGCUAUUAUCAACUGCUAGAUUGUCUUACAAAAGCUGUGAAAGUGUUAUAACAGAGGUGGAACACUGGAACUUGCAGUCUUUCUCUCUUGCGUGAUGCAGUCAUCAGCGUCUGUGACUGGAGUUGGAGCAUGAUACAAGUGAAAAGAGCUAAGCACUGAAUUAUCCUCAACAACAUCUGUUGGACAAAUCAUGGCUAUUUUGCUUGAUUUCAGAGUCUCGGGUCAUUUGGCCAGGUUUUCUGGCUUGUAAGUAGAAGAUUUGACAUCAGAAUUUUUAGAUCUUUGCAUAUUGCAUUGGUGAUGGCGAGCAAAAUAAAAUUUGAAGGGAAGGAAUCUGGGUUUUGGAAAUCCCUAAACAGAAACCAUGACAUUCAUUCAGAUCUACAGAUUGUUUUCCUAACAAGCCAAAUGGACAAGAAAGGAUCUGCUCUGCCAUCCCGGUGCAACAGGCUGCAUCGUCCAAACACAUCUAUUCAGCUUAAGGCUAAAGGACCGUCUGGUUGUGUUUCAUUAAGUUCAAUGGCUGUGGUGUUCUGAUGGUGAGAAAUUACAACUUCUGCAAUAAAAGGUCAGUUUAAAAGCUUACAUUGGUACUAAUUCUGACAUCUUUCAAACAGUGUGAUGCAUAUGAUCAUCUAGAAGGAUAUGGAAAAGACAGUGGUGGCAGCUGUCCCUGUUAAUCCAUGUUUUUUGUUACCUAUUUUGAUUUUGUUUUACCUUCAUAUUUAAAUGCAGCUUCAUUCUCUUAUACCCUGGUGGUUUUAGAGUUCCUUUUGCCAUGUCUGCAGUAAAUCUGGAUAUCACUUGUGGGCUUGUGAUUGGACAUGGUUUAGCAGUUUGUGGGGAGCUGACUGGGACGUUCUUUAUCACCAACCUAACACAGUCAAGUUGUGUUAGCCAGGAACUUGUUCCUAUAGCCUUAAUUCUGCCCUGUAUGUCCACUGAACAACAUGGGACUGCUCACUACGUCUGAGACCUGCAGGGCAGGAAUGCAAGGCUAUUAAAUAGACAGAUAUUGCAAAAAUGUAAUAAUGUUGUUUAGGAUUGGUGGAGGUUGGUAUUUAUCAGCCAGUCUUCAAAGAUUCAUUAAAAACAUAGGAAAUUUAUUUUACACGUGUUAGUCAGGAAAAUACAGAUACCCUUUAGAGAAGAUUGACUGCUGUGAAGAAAAAAAACAGUUUACAAAGGCAGCUGGCACAAGACAAUGUGAUUGUCUUUUUUUGCCAUUUGAGAUUCAGGGUUACUAGUUUAAUCUUUAUAUAUCCUGAACUAAAAUGCGUGCCAGGAGGAAGUGACAACUUCUGUCCCUGCAGGUCAGUUUAUGCAGGACAUCUGAGACGAUGUGUUUGGAGCUGAGCAUACUCUGAACUACAUCUCCCAGCAGUCCUUGCUUGCUGACUGGAGGAAGCUGUCGCUGUGCUUCCAUCUGGACUUUGGCAGAGAUUUUAAGCCUGGGAAGCCGCAG